AUGCCCAACUGCACCACUGUAACCGAGUUCCUCCUCCUGGGCUUCUCUGACACUCGGGAGCUGCAGAUCUUACACUUUGUCAUCUUUCUCACAGCAUACCUGGCAGCUCUGGUGGGGAACCUCCUUGUUAUCACUGUUGUAACUACGGACCACCACCUCCACAGCCCCAUGUACUAUUUUUUGGCAAAUUUGUCCAUCCUUGACCUUGGAUCCAUCUCCGUCAUUGUCCCCAAGUCCAUGGCCAAUUCACUCUUAAACACCAGGACAAUUUCCUAUGCUGGGUGUGUCUCCCAGGUCUUUUACUUGUUCCUUUUUUGUACAGCUGGUUUUGCACUCCUAACUAUCAUGGCAUAUGACCGGUACAUUGCCAUCUGCAAGCCACUGCAUUAUGAGAUAAUAAUAAACAGGAGAGCUUGCAUCCAGAUGGCUGCCAGUGCCUGGGUUGUUGGUGCCAUCAACUCUGCACUGCACACUGAGAACACCUUUAGUCUACCCUUCUGCCACUCAAAUAUCAUCAACCAGUUCUUCUGUGAAAUACCCCAGCUGCUCAAGCUUCAGAUCUUCACCGCAGUGUGGAGAAUCCCCUCGGAGCAGGGCCGGCAGAAAGCCUUCUCCACCUGCAUUCCUCACCUUAUCGUGGUCUCCCUGUUUCUUUCCACUGCCGGCAUUACCUACUUUAAGCCCAUCUCGGACUCCCCGUCCCCCCUGGAUCUCCUGGCAGCUGUUCUGUAUUGUGUGGUACCUCCAUUGAUGAAUCCGGUCAUCUACAGCAUGAGGAACAAGCAGAUCCAAGCUGCCCUCAAGCAACUUCUCCACAGGCUGAUCCUCUCCAAAACCAAUCUGCCCAUCUUUGUUUCAUGA